UUCAAGUCGACUGCGGUACCCAAAGAUCCCAAAGGACCCAGUAAGUCAGAAACCCAAACGCACACAAACACGAAUCCUUAAAGAAAAAAACCAUGAGAAAAAAUAUAUUCCAAGAACAGACCCAAAAAAUAUUUAAAAAAAGAAAAAAACACGUUUGUUCUCGAAAUCAAUGGUCGGAUUGGUGUCAAGCAUUGUUGCACACAAACACGAAAUUAAGUAACGUUUUUCUAAAACUAAAACGAAAAAAAAAAAAGAAAAACAAGAAAAAACAAAAGGGAAAAAAUAUGGAAGGUGGAGGCAUAGUCAGGGGAGUCUACUGUUGGUUUGUUUUCUUCUUUAAUCACGAUCCUUUUUUACUUUUAUUAUCGCUUGCAUUUAUGUAUUUCUUUUAUUUUUAUUUUUAUUAUUUGCAAAAUCUCUCGGGCUUUUUUAUUUCUUUGAUCCCACGGAAUUUAGAGAUAGGAAUAGAGAGGUAAGAGAGAGAAUCUUGUUUCUGGGUUCCCAUUCCAAGCCCUAGUUUUCGAGACUUGAUUUCUAGGGUUUGCAGCUUCUCUUUGAUCUUCAAUGGAGGCUACCUCCGAUGAAGAAAAUCAGAACCGGAAUAAUACGGCUAAUAAUAUGAAUUCCAAUGAGGCACAGAGCAAGCCCAAGCGCCAGAUGAAGACGCCGUUUCAAUUGCAGACCCUGGAAAGGGCGUAUGCUUUGGAACCGUAUCCGACGGAGGCGUCGCGAGCAGAGCUGUCGGAGAAAUUAGGGUUGUCAGACAGGCAAUUACAGAUGUGGUUUUGUCACCGGAGGUUGAAGGAUAAGAAAGAGGGACAGGCAAAGGAGGCGGCGUCAAAGAAGCCAAGGAAUGCCGUGGCUGAGGAGUUUGAGGAUGAGGCACGAAGCGAACACGGGUCGCAUUCUGGGUCUGGGUCCCUGUCGGGGUCCAGCCCGUUGGGUUAUGGGCAGUUGCCACAGGUGCUCUCUGGAAAUAUGGGGCCAAUGGGGCGAAGGUCUUAUGAGUCACCCCAAUCGAUAUUUGAGCUGAGAGUGAUUGCUUCUGUGGAGGCCCAGUUGGGCGAGCCGUUGAGGGAUGAUGGUCCAAUUCUCGGCAUGGAGUUUGAUCCAUUACCCCCUGAUGCGUUUGGGGCUCCUAUUGCAGCAAUUGUGGAGCACCAAAAGCAAUCAGCAUACUGUUACGAGGAGAAAGUAUACGAGCAUCGUGAUGCCAAAUCAAAAAAAGCUGCUGCAAGAGCUUUUCAUGAUCAUCCAUUUCAUCAAGAUAAGUCCAGUACUAGACCUGAUGCAUAUGGGCGUGUUGGUCCAUCUCACUUCUAUGAUCGGCCUAUUGAUGGUCCAAGUUCUGAAACUUCGGCUUUUCUUCAUAGAACUGAACCAUCUUCUAGAGAAUAUGGUGAGCAGGGUUAUGUAUCUCAUGCUCGUGUUCUGUCUCAACAAGACAAACAAGAACGCAUUCUUUCAUCUCCUGGGGAUUAUGACUCUGUGCCACGGUCUGAUUCCUUCAUGAAUAGUGGAAAAGAUGCUCAGUUUAGUGGUCAUUCUAUAGGACCCGAAAAUUCAUAUGUAUUAUCUGACAGGCAAAUAACGCAUAACGGUGAUGUUUUGAGGAUGGAUAGGAAACGAAAGGGUGAAGAAGCUAGAAUCACAACUGAUGCUGAAGCCCAUGAGAAAAGGAUCCGGAAAGAGCUUGAGAAACAAGAUAUUUUGAGGCGAAAGAGAGAAGAGCAAAUAAGGAAAGAAAUGGAAAGGCAUGACCGUGAAAGACGGAAGGAAGAAGAGAGGUUGAUGCGUGAAAGGCAGCGGGAGGUUGAGAGGUUGCAGCGCGAACAGAGACGUGAAAUUGAACGAAGGGAAAAAUUUUUGCAAAAAGAAUCUCUUAGAGCUGAGAAAAGGAGGCAAAAGGAGGAGCUUCGCAGGGAAAAGGAGGCAGUGAGACUCAAAGCUUCAAUUGAAAAGGCAACUGCACGUAGAAUUGCUAGAGAAUCCAUGGAACUUAUUGAAGAUGACCGUUUGGAACUGAUGGAAUUGGCUGCCGCAAGCAAAGGGCUGCCCUCAAUUGUUUCUCUUGACCAUGACACUUUGCAAAACCUCGAGUCAUUCAGAGAUCUUUUGAGUGUGUUCCCACCCACGUCAGUGCAAUUAAGAAGGCCGUUUGCAGUUCAACCUUGGGAUGAUUCAGAGGAGAAUAUUGGGAACCUUCUCAUGGUCUGGAGAUUUUUAAUCACUUUUGCCGAUGUGCUUCAGUUAUGGCCUUUUACUCUUGAUGAGUUUGUCCAAGCUUUUCAUGACUAUGAUUCAAGAUUGAUGGGUGAGAUACAUAUUGCUCUUGUAAAGUUGAUAAUAAAAGAUAUUGAAGAUGUUGCUAGGACACCAUCUCUUGGAUUAGGAACAAAUCAAAAUACUGCUGCUGGUCCAGAAGGUGGCCAUCCACACAUUGUUGAAGGGGCAUAUGCAUGGGGUUUUGAUAUCCGGAACUGGCAAAGACACUUGAAUCCCUUGACAUGGCCUGAAAUAUUGCGGCAAUUUGCGCUCUCUGCAGGAUUUGGGCCACAGUUGAAGAAGAGGAGUAGCGAAUGGUCAUAUUCGCGUGAGAACAAUGAGAUUAAAGGUUGUGAAGAUAUAGUUUCUACCUUACGCAAUGGUUCGGCAGCUGUCAAUGCAGUUGCAAUCAUGAAAGGAAAAGGUUUUUCCCUCUCACGCCGAUCCAGGCAUCGGUUGACACCUGGAACAGUCAAAUUUGCUGUUUUUCAUGUUCUUUCACUUGAGGGUAGCAAGGGGCUAACAAUAUUAGAACUUGCAGACAAGAUUCAGAAAUCUGGACUUCGAGACUUGACAAGAAGCAAGGCGCCUGAGGCAUCCAUAUCUGCUGCUCUAUCACGGGAUGCAGCCCUAUUUGAAAGAACAGCUCCAUGUACAUAUUGUGUACGACCAACUUUUAGAAAGGAUCCCGCUGAUGCUGAGAAAGUACUUUCAGCUGCUAGGGAGAAAGUUCAUGUAUUUGAAAAUGGGUUUUUAGCUGGAGAAGAUGUUGAUGAUGUUGAAAGAGAUGACGAUUCUGAAUGUGAUGUUGCAGAGGGUCCUGAAGUUGAUGAUUUAGGCACUCCAUCAAAUGCAAACAAAAACACCAUCCAUCUUAAUAAUGGGGGAAGCACUUGUUCAGGAAAUGGCAAAGAGAAUGCUUGUAAUGAUGUAAUAAAUCCACAAAAUGAAGUUGUCAAGGAUUUUUCUUCACCCCUUUCAAGUGGCACGAAGGUUACAACCACUGCAAGUAUUACACUUAAUCAAUAUGGUGCAGGCAAUCCUGAUCAAGAAAACGUAGAGAUUGAUGAAAGCAACUCAGGUGAACCAUGGGUUCAAGGACUUGCAGAAGGGGAAUACUCUGAUCUCAGUGUUGAGGAGCGUCUUAAUGCCCUGGUUGCCUUAAUUGGUGUUGCAAAUGAGGGAAACACUAUUCGUGCUGUUCUUGAGGACCGCUUGGAAGCUGCAAUAGCCCUUAAAAAGCAAAUGUGGGCGGAGGCACAACUGGAUAAAAAACGAUUGAAAGAAGAGAAUAUAACUAAAGUACAGUAUACAUCUUGUAUAGCGAGCAAGGCUGAUAUGAAACCUACUAGUGCUGCAGCAGAGGGCAGCCAGAGCCCAUUGCCUGUUGAUAAUAAAAAUAAUGAGGCAUCUCUUAACACUGCAGUAGGCCAAAAACCUUCUGUCAGUUCACACAAUGUUCAGAAUCACCUUAGUACAUUGCCUACUGAAGGAACCUCAAUAGUUCAAGAGUCGACAGUUCCGAAUAACUUCAUAUCUCAACAUGGAUAUGAUGCAGAAAGAUCACGCUUGCAAUUAAAAUCUUAUAUUGCCCACAGAGCAGAAGAUGUUUAUGUCUACAGGUCAUUGCCUCUUGGUCAAGAUCGUAGACGUAACAGAUACUGGCAGUUUGUUGCAUCUGCUUCCAGAAAUGACCCUGGUUCCGGCAGGAUUUUUGUUGAAUUACAUGAUGGCUAUUGGAGGCUUAUUAAUUCUGAAGAGGCCUUCGAUGCUCUUAUCACAUCUUUGGAUACACGAGGGAUUAGGGAAUCUCACUUGCACGCAAUGCUGCAAAAAAUUGAGAUGGCUUUCAAGGAAAAUGUUAGAAGAAAUUCUCAGUGUGUUGACAAUGUGGGCCAAACUAGAACUACUGUAAAGAAUGAAAAUACUGAAACGGAUUCCAAUCCUGAUUGCAUUGCUGGCUUUGACAGUCCUAACAGUACAGUUUGUGGUUUAGUAUCUGAUGCAUUGGAGCCUUUAUCAUCUUUUGGGAUUGAACUCGGGAGAAAUGAGAUGGAGAAAAGGGCUACAUUGAAGAGAUAUCAAGAUUUUCAAAAGUGGAUGUGGAAAGAAUGCUUUAAUUCAGAAGCAUUAUGCUCUAUGAAAUAUGGGAAGAAAAGAUGCGCCCAGUUGUUGAGCAUUUGUGAUUUCUGUUUUGAGUGUUAUUUUAAUGAAGACAAUCACUGUCCUUCUUGUCAUAGGACGUUUGGAUCCUUUGAUAAUAAUGUACAUUUUUUAGAACAUGUUAUCCAAUGUGAAAACAAAAAGAAAACAAACCCUGAGGACUUACAUAUUUCAGAUUCUUCUCUUCCCCUGGGAAUCAGAUUGCUAAAGGCUCUACUAGCUUUUAUUGAGGUUUCUAUUCCACUGGACGCUCUGGAGUCUUUUUGGAUGGAAGGAUAUCAAAGAGAGACUUGGGGUAUGAAGAUACAGACCUCAUCAUCUAUUGAGGAUCUUCUACAGAUUGUCACUUUGUUAGAGGGUGUCAUAAAACAGGACCGUUUAUCAACAGAGUUCAGGACAACAAAGGAAUUGUUGGGCUCCUGUACUUCAUCAGGGAAUGCUGUAUAUGAUUCUGCUUACACUGGGUCAGUUCCUGUACUUGCAUGGAUACCACAAACCACGGCAGCUGUGGCUGUCAGACUUUUGGAGCUUGAUGCAUCUAUAUCCUACAUACAUCAUGAUAAAUCCCAAUGUCAUGAUGAUAAGAAGGAACUGGGAGAAUUCAGAUUCUCCAUUGCUGCAGAAGUUUCCAUCAAGGUAUGCUCCAGUCAAGAAUGCUCAAGAGGUUGAAAUCAGUGGAUUCCCCCAAGAUAUCCAUAAGAAAGAAGAGAACUGGACUGACCUGGGUAAUGGACGUGAUAGCUCUAGGCAUGGGCAAAGGGGUCGUGGGCGAGGGCGUGGUCGCUUACAUGGUGAAAAAUGGCAGAGAAGAGUUUCUAGUUCCAGACCGCACACUGGAAAGCAUAAUGCCAGGGACAAUCCGAAUUUAAAUCAAAGACGAGGACUGCAGGACCGAAGAACUCGCGAACAGGAAUCGCAAGGACAGGGUUGUAGGCGAGGACCCCGAACAGUUAGGAGAAGAGCAGAUAAAAGGGCUGUCAAGGGGACUCCGCUUGGUCAUUUGGGUGACAUGGUUAGGCCUAAAGGCAAGGGUGAAUCACAUAGAAACUUGAUCGGGGAGGGAUGGGGCAAAUUCACAAUGAUGCAAAUGGAUAAUGCUGAUAAUCAUAGCAGUGGGGAUACUGUGGAAUCUGACGAUAAUGCUCCAGAGAUGGAACAUGAGCAUGGGAGCUGGGGGCUGGGUUUUGAUGGUGUUUCAGGUGGUCAGACUGGGGAUCUAAUGGAAGUAAGUGAUGAGGAUGCAGAGGGUUCUGAAGAUGAUAAUGGGAGUGAAGAGGAAGGUGAUGAUGACAAUUCGGAAGAUGCAAAUAUGAAUGAGUGCUCAGAUGGACUAGUAAAUGGGGUUGGAAAUGAAGAUCUAGGCACAGAAUAUGCUACUUCAGAAGAUUAUAGUGAUUGAAAUACGAACAUUAGUAAGUGGGUGAUUGGGUUAUUCACUGAAGCAUUGGCAGCGGCUCUAAUUUGUCAUAUACAUUUUUUAGACGAUGCAAACUUCACCAGUAAUUUGCCUUGUACAUAUUUAGAGGGACAUAGUAUAUCUAUUUCCCCUUUGCUUUUUCCAAUCGGCAGAGGGAGAAAGCACCGGAAAGCCGUGAAGAGGACACUUUUAGAUGAAUAGAUGAUUUGCUUUGUAAUUCUUUACUUGGAAUGAGGGUUGAAUUGUAGUAUCCCAUCCUUCUCAUGAUUGUACCAAGGGGGGUAAAAAAGAAAAAAGAAAGAAUAGAGGAGCUCUAUAGAGACCCCACCUUUCCUUUUUAAACUACAUUCUCGAUUGUAUUACUAUAAAGUGAAAGAUGAAAUUUUCAUGAA